AUGGAAGUUAAGUUGGACGAAGAUGUAGAUGAUGGAUCAGAGGUGGAUAUGAGUAGUGCAAUAGAUGAGUUAUGGAAAAGGUUUAAGUUACUGGAUGUUGUUGGGAAAAGGGCAUUAAAAAGUAGGGUUUUUGAACUUGCCUUCCCUACAAUGACUUCUAUGUGUCCACCACCUGAGAAAAUAAAAACUAAAGGGGGAGUCAAGAAGAAAGACAAAAAACCAGUAGGAUAUGAUGUUUAUAGAGACCCUUCGUAUCACGAGUAUGUUGAUCAAGCAUCUCAAUCUUCACAGAUGCAAUCUCAACCAUCACAAACUUCGAAGAAAUUGAAAUUAUCACAGUCUUCACAAAAGAAAUCUCAACCAUCACAGGCUUCGAAAAAGUUGAAAUUAUCACAAUCUUCACAGUCAUCUAAGCAGUUCAUCCUUCAAUUUCCUAAUCACAUCAGGUCAUAUAUUGAUGAUGUAGUUAAUGUUGUAUCAGAUGGUAAUUAUGGAUUUUGA